CUUUGACGGCAGUAUUUCACGACGUUGACCUUGAGCUCUAGUCCCAGUGUAAUUCCUUGAACUGUUCAACGUGUGUUGUCCAUUGCCCUCUUUUGUCCCUCUGUUGUGCUUUUAGUGAGUUCAAGCCCUCACAACUCUUAUGGCGUUGAUCAUGAUGUGCGGCAGUCGAGGCCGGCGCCAACAAGCAAUGAUUCAUCAGGAGCACUUCAUUGAAGUAUCUUCCGAUGAACGCCGUCGCAAUCGAAUACGGGGCUGAUACUUCGAAGCCUGUUUUUUAGAAGUUCCAUGGAACCGUUCGCCUGUGGCAGUGACUUUUUGGAGGUGGAAGAGCGGACCACACGAUGCCUCCAAAAGAUACUGAUACUCCCUCUGAAGAGCGCGAUGAAGAACAAGAAGAGCACGCCCCUAGUCCUGGUGCAGCUGCCUCAUCCGCGUCCCUCGAAGCGCACCUGCAGCACCACUUCGACGCAUUGCGGCAGGCUGCGGACGAGCGCGCCGUCAGUUGGAACGAGGAGAUUCCCGCGGCAAAGUACGUACAGCUCGCGGUUACCCUGGAGAACGCGGUGCAGGUGCACUUUGCCGAAGGCUUCCAUGAAGAUACGUUUGUCAAGGCCCUGCAGUAUCUGCAGCUGUUCAAACUCCUGAAGGAACACGUCGACGGCGCGGGGCGAAAGUUACUGCCAAAUGCGACCCGCAUCCUCGAUCUCGCGGAGUCCGCGAAAAGCCAAAUCUCGCAGCGAUUCGAAGCCAUAGAAAGUUGGUGUGUGGGCGGAGGUGGUGUCGAAGUAGAGAACAACGUGGAAAACAAAGAUCAAGAUGAGAGCACCGCGUGCACUGAAACCGAGGAGCUAGAAGCGAAUAAAUCAAAAGACGCCGGUGUGGUCGGCGCAGAAAAAGAACCAGAUGAUGCAGUUGCAGAUAAGAAGGAACCUGAGAGCAAAGACAAACCGGAACCGUCGAGAGGGCAAACUGCUGCCAACGGGGAGGAGAAGGACGAAACCCCCGAAAAUGAAUGCACGAAAUCCACAGAAGUAGUAGAUGACGCUCCGAUGCGUCUGGAAGACCUCUUUCUUCUAGCUGAUGACGAAAAUUUUGAGGACGAGGAAGCGCCAACAAAUACUUCUCCGACUACUGAGGGGGCGACCGAGAAUGAAAGUUUAGUGCUUCCUUCAAAAACAAACAACGUUGCUCCCGAUGCUGCUGCUGACAAAGACACCGGGAAGGAAAGCAAUGCCAAAGCUGCUUCGGAUCAUCUUUUGCGAACCGAAAGUGCAGCGCUGGACGCAGCCGAUGACCCUCUAAGUGAAAACAAAGUUCUUGAAGUAGAGGAAGCAAGUCCACAAAUGCGUGUCGAGCUCGAGCCGGCCGCCUCGUCCCCCGAUCUCUCCGUAGAAGACGUGACUGUGUCUCGUGUGCCAGAGGACUUUGAUGCGACCGGGCUCUCCUUUUUCUGUCCGACGAUUGAAGAAGACAACCGCUUUCAGUCCAUUGACCCCCGCCGACCGGGUUUCUGCGAUUGCUACUUUGCGGGUCCUUUUCUCAUACCCCAGGGGAAAAAUGCAGCUUGCGAGAAUGAAGAAGAAGACGAGCCUGAGGUUGUGCCGUCUAUUGUUCCUGCCAGCGGGGCGAUGGGAGACCAAGAAGAUGAAAAUCAAGCUCGUUUUCAGCUGGGCGGCUAUGAUGGGGAUAGUUUGAAGAUCAGUGCCGGCUGCUCGCCUGGCGUAGGCGACAAGCCUGAGGAGUUUAGCUCCUUGGAUACUACGGCGGACUUCGAUGAAGAUGUCCCUUUGGUAGAAGUUCCAGCAUUGGACAAAGAUACUCAAAAGCAGACUACAUCAGACGCUGCAGCGUCCUCCGCACCAUGUGCUCCCUUCUACAACUUCGCAGUAGCGGCUCUGCCGAAAGACGAAGAAGCUCCUGCGCCUCCGCUGCAAGAAAUAGAGGAUGUCGCAUUCCCAGCCGCAUCCUUUCCGUCCACAGGAUCCGUUUACGCUUCUCUUCUCGAUGGGCUUCGGGCUGGAAAUGGCCGAGGCCUAGACGGGUUUUCAUCGUCAAUCGCCUCCGGCGCUUUUUCAGCUCAGGAUGGGCUGGAGGGGUUAGAAGGGCCUGACAAUGUUGCGCCAGACAGAGAUCCUUUUUCACAGCAAUGCAGUGUUGUUGGAACGUUGAGCGCGUACGCAGCUUUCGAUCAGGAGGACAAAACCUUGUUUCCCAGCCUCGAGGUUUCGUCUGCCAAACCAUUUGCUCAAGGAGGAACAGGUGCGCAUUCGUUCUCGACGGAGAUUCCAAUGGACGCCGAGUGCGAAUCAAGCGUGGCAUUUCCUAGCAUGGAAAAGGACCCCUGCCGAUCUUUUUCACAAGACGAUGCGACGGGCGACCGGCGACAAUGGAGACCCGCCGCUACUACACGACAAUGUGGGUCUGACAUUUACCCGGCUUUCGAGGCCGUAAGUCUGGUGGAACAAACUUUCCUUCCACCAAGAGGGAGACUGGAGACUACUUCGGGGAAUAGAACUUACCAGAACGACUUUCAACACGAUGCAGUCAAAGUCCCCAGCAAGAACACCGGAGGGAGUGGUCCGGAAGGAACCACCAGAAACUUAGACCUGCCGACGACAUGUGUGAAGACCACUAUCAUCUCCACACAUCAAGAACGUACCGAUGAAGAUCAACUUCACGACUCGGCUUCUACGAUGGCCUCAAGUUCGGCAAGCGCGUCUUUGAGCUCAAGCACACAGACGACGGACGGAGAGGACACCAUUACCGCCGAAGAAGGGGACCACACCGCAAAAAUCGAGUUGGAAACAAGUGAGACCUCAUCUGCGAGCCGGGGGAGAACGUUUGCAGAUGCGAGGACACGAGCGAAGCAGGUGACGUUCAGCACGAAGCCGCCGGAUGUCCGCGAGUUUUCGCCUGAAGGAGUGAUGCGGAAGUUGGUCGAGGUUCGGGCCCCGCCCGCUUCUCGUGCAGCAACCUCAGCUUGUUCCACGAAAAAUGCGCAAGAGGAGCAGACUGACGGCGAUAGAGACACAAGGCAAACAACUGCAGGUCGUGGUACGAAAAGCGUGGUGACGCUCCAGCGCAAGACGUUUGAGUGUAACCAGCGGUCGUUGCAGGUGGACUUGCCGUUCGACCUGGUCGAGGCUUUUGUGAAAAUUGCGAAGGCCAAUACCACGCGCAACGUGGAGACGUGCGGCUGGCUGUGCGGGCGCAAGCUACUGAACGAGAAAAAGAUCAUGCUGGAUUACGUGCUGCUACCCCCGCAGAAAGGCGACGACGUGAGCUGUGAGGCAGUGGACGAACUCCCCGUGGUGCAGUGGCAACUGCAGCAGAAGAACUGUCUCACGUUCGGCUGGAUUCACACGCACCCGCGGCACAAUUGUUUCCUCUCCGCCGUCGACCUGCACCAGCAGUGCUCCUUCCAGCUGCAGGAGCCGCUGAGCAUCGCGAUCGUUUUCUCCCCGAUCGACAGCAAACAGAAGGCGUUGCAGGGCGCGGGCGUGUUUCGCUUGACGGAGUACGGAGUCAAGUUUAUCCAGAAAUGCCCCCUCCGCGGCUUCCAUCCGCACGACGGAGCAAAACACCCGCUCUACGAAGCGGCGCGGAACGUCACGGUGAACCGGGGAAGACGCGUCAAGCUGAUCGAUUUUCGCACGAAGCCCGAGGGCACCAUGUUUUGUCUAGGAAGUCGUGGCGCAGCGAACUCGACGCAAAGCAAGAGAAAAAAUGGUCGGACCUCGUGA